AUGAGUGAAUUACUUGAAAAUGUACUUUCAUUCUUCUCCUUGGAGACUUUAGACACGCGUCUAUUCCCUCCAACAGAUCCAAUUAAGAAAGAAAAGAUUGUCAAGAAAGCAAGUCCUAAAUCUAAAUGGUCUACGUUAGAAUUCAAAAUAUAUCUUGCAGUUUUCGUGGUGUUUGUACCCUUAUUAUAUAAAACUGCCAUGGAUGCUUCUAAUGAAACCAAUCCUAAUUAUUACAAGUAUGAAAGAUUAUUGUCUCAAGGUUGGAUGUUUGGAAGAAAGGUUGAUAAUUCUGACCAACAAUACAGAUUUUUCAGAGAUAAUUUCCCUUUGUUAGUGGGAUUGAUUGUAUUACACACAGGGUUAAGAAGAAUUGUUUCGCCAAUUCUUGGAUUGAAGAAAAGAACAUACUUUGAUUUUGGGUUUGGAUUAUUAUUCCUUUUUGGUGCUCAUGGGUUCAAUUGUUUCAAGAUCUUAAUCCAUGUGGCUAUAAAUUAUGCUAUUGGUAAGUUUUCACCUAAUUAUAAGCUUGGUUUGAUCAUCACCUGGGUAUAUGGGAUUCUGACUUUAUUCAUUAAUGAUAAUUAUAGGAAUUUCAAGUUCGGAUUGGAUUUCGUUGAUUAUGGAUUCAAGGGGAUUAUUGAAAGAUGGGAUGUAUUCUUUAAUUUCACAUUAUUGAGAAUGUUAUCGUACAAUUUGGAUUACCUUGAAAGAAAACGGAAAUUAGAGGAGAUUAAGAAAGAAGAGAAUGAAUUGAAAUUAUCAGGACUUUCAGUUAAUGAAAGAUUAGUAGCUCCUUUACCCAUUGAAGAUUAUAAUGUUAUAAAUUACUUAGCUUUUUUGACUUAUACCCCAUUAUUUAUUGCUGGACCAAUUUUAACUUUCAAUGAUUUCAUCUAUCAAUCCAAUUAUGAACCAGUUAAGGCAGUGAAAGAUUAUAAGAGAACUUUCAUUUAUGGAUUGAGAUUCCUUUUUUGUGUUUUAGUGAUGGAAUUCUUAUUACAUUUCAUCUAUGUAGUGGCAGUCUCUAAAACUAAAGCAUGGCAAGGUGAUACACCAUUUCAAAUCUCCAUGAUUGGAUUAUUCAACUUAAACAUUAUUUGGCUUAAAUUAUUAAUUCCUUGGAGAAUGUUCCGAUUAUGGUCAUUAAUUGAUGGUAUCGAUCCUCCUGAAAAUAUGAUCAGAUGUAUGGAUAAUAACUAUUCCGCCUUAGCAUUCUGGAGAGCUUGGCAUAGAUCUUUCUUUAGAUGGGUUGUUAGAUAUAUUUAUGUACCUUUAGGAGGAGGUAAUUCAAUUUUCUCCAGGAUUUUCAACAGUUUAUGUGUGUUCAGUUUCGUAGCAGUAUGGCACGACAUUGAGUUGAAAUUAUUAUUAUGGGGAUGGUUAAUUGUGUUAUUCUUAUUACCAGAGAUCUUAUCAACGUUAUAUUUCAAGCGAUACGAACAUGAAUGGUGGUUUACCUACUUAUGCUCGGUAGGUGCCAUUGCCAACAUUUGGAUGAUGAUGAUUGCCAAUUUGUUCGGAUUCUGUUUGGGUAAAGAUGGUACGGUAUUAUUAUUACAAGAGAUUUUUGAGACAUUCUCAGGUAUUAGAUUCUUUGUUGUAUCAUCAUUAGUUCUUUUUGCAGCCACUCAAGUGAUGUUUGAGAUGAGAGAAAGUGAAAAAAGAAGAGGUGUCGAUGUAAGAUGUUAG